GUUGGCCACACCUAUUGUAAGCAAAUCAAGCCUCAUUCGUGUUUUAAAAAGAGGACUUUUAUUCUGAUAAAUUGUAUAACCGGAAAUAGUUCCAGUUUCCCAGCGCAACCAAGAAGAAAGUAUUAAAGCCGAAACACUAAUAGAAUCUCAGUAAGAAUAUACCAAAAUUAUCUAAGCUGUCAAAUAACAAAAGAAGAAGAAGAAUCUCAGUAAGAGACCCUGCGGAUAAUGGACGUGAAUGUAUUUAAAGAGCAGGUCUCCUCGCUGAGGGCGGCAGUGGAUGCUGUGCUGUGCGACUUUGCAGACUUUGUAAACAAGCGGUUCACACACUUACAGCUUGAAAUUACUGGCAAAGAUAAAGAGAUCGAAUAUCUGAGACAGUGCCUGACAAUCUACAAUAAGGAGCGGGGUUACGAGCAGUCGAUCUCGAACCCUGCGUGCAGAGGUAUCAAGUUAGUGAAUGACGAGUUAAUAUCUGUAAAGGAGGGGAGCAUCAAUGCCCUGUCUGUACGGACUUUGAAGGACACCGAAGCCGAUUGCUUGCCAGUGGAGAGAAAGAGAAAAGCAGAUCAGACGAAAAAGAUUCCGCUGCAAGACAAGCCGGGACUGGCGGCUUGCAAAAAAGAGGAUGAGGUGACACCGGUGCCCGUCGUGGGACAAGAUGCAGCCGCAGGAGACACUGAAGCUACAGCUCUCCUUGAAACUGAAAGAUCAAGUUCCAAGGACAUUUUCUACCCAAAAUGCAGCAUCCGAGGAGAAAGGAGUUUAGAACAAGAGCUGAAGGGACAGAGAGAUUUCCGGGUGCAUAUAAGCCACUCUUCUGAAGGCAGUACAAAGUCGAGCCACUGGCAAGUUAACAACAAAGAACAGCAAAGUGACUUUGAUAAGGUGAAAGCCCAUGCACAGAAGUCUGGUCCAAUCAAACAGGAGAGCUAUGGAGCUGACUGGGCAGUUUCACACUUGAUUUCGCAGACCUCUAAUUCUGCUUGUGCCCCUGAACACUACUCUAUCCAUGAUCAAGGAACAGAAGCUGCGUCUUUCUUUGAAAGUGAAGAAUCAAACUCGGUGGAGACUUUCAGCCAAGAAUUUAACAUUGCAGUAAAGAGAAGCACAGAGAAUGAACUUUUUAAGGAAACGAGUGAUGUCUUUGUGCAGGUCAGCCACUCUUCAGAAGAGAAUGUGAAGUCUGGUGAUCUGCAAAGUGAUGACACACACCAACAAUGUGAUCCUAGUAACGUGGAAGCUUAUGAUUACAGAUCUGGUCAAAUCAAAGAGGAGAGUUAUGGAAAUAAUGGCAUGGAUUUAACCUUUAUGCCACAGACUACUAAAUUUGUGUGCACCCCUGAUCACUUCUCUGCUAAUGAUCCAGGUAAACAUAUUAUGCCAGGGUCCUUACACGGAAGUCUGCCUUUCAUGGAAAACGAACAAAUAAAUUGCAUGGAAGGUGUAGAUACAGUCCGUUUAGAUGAGCAAUUUGGAAACUGGCUUAACAACCGUAAAAAGCAACUGUGUGGAUUUGGAAAUAGGAAAAUAACAGAGAAAUCAGAUGCGAGAACUCGCACGGGAAAAAAGAACUUUCAGUGUUCCGAUUGCGGAAAAAAGUGCAAAACGUCAGGCACACUGAAGAACCACCAGAGAAUCCACACAGGUGAGAAGCCGUUUGUUUGUGGCCAGUGUAACAGUGCAUUUAACCAAUUGAGCCACCUCAAACAACACCAGAGGAUCCACACUGGGGAGAGGCCAUACAGCUGCACGGUGUGCAAAAGUUCAUUCAAUCGGUUGUCUCACCUAAAAGCGCACCAACGGAUCCACACCGGGGAAAGACCGUACAGCUGCUCUGAAUGCGGGAAGGCCUUCAGACAACUGAACAUACUCCAGAGUCACCAACGAAUUCACACAGGAGAGAAGCCGUACAGCUGCCCCCAUUGCAGCAGCACCUUCAAACAGCUGUCUAAUCUGAAGCGGCAUAUGCAGGUCCAUUCUGGAAGGAAACCAUAUGCCUGUGAAACAUGUGGCAAACCCUUCAGUCAGCUGUCUGUACUUCAAAGACACUAUCAGAUUCAUUUAGAAAACCCCAUUUGAUGCAAAGAGUUGGUUUAAACACUUGAACAUAACUGAACUUCAGAAAAUCUUGGUGAUUUGAGACAAGAUAUCACUGAAAGAUGUGCCUUCUACUGAUAUGUUUUGUCCGUCUCAGGUGCUUAUUUCUGUUUUUCUUAGUACUUAUUUGUCACUAAUAAAUAUGCGUUUUUCUUA